GCACCCACGGCGGGGGUCCCCCCUGCCAACCCCCGCCCCCCCAACGCCCCCCCGGGUUGGGCCGCCCCCGCCAUGUCGGUGAACAUGGAGGAGCUGCGGCACCAGGUGAUGAUCAACCAGUUCGUGCUGGCGGCCGGCUGCGCCGCCGACCAGGCCAAGCAGCUGCUGCAGACCUCCCCAAGUCAGAUUCCCAGCUUUGGGAUCAGCUUUGGGAGUAGGAACCUCAAUCCUGAGCCAACACAGGAGUGGGACCAGCACAAACCCUGGGCCCUGUGGGGUCUCAUCCAGAACACGAGCACUGCGUGGGGACCCCAGCACUGCGCUGAGCUCAGCUCUGAGCAUCCCUCACACGAUGGGGUCCCCCAUAGUGCUUUGACACCCAUUGGUGGGGCCCUGCAAACCCCUUGGGCACCCAAAGCUGCCCAUAGGGACCACAAACAACCCUUAGGAACCCCAAGUGACCCACGGGGACCUGACGCCCAGUGUCUCCUCUCCCCACAGAUGUGCACCCCAAGCAACACGCCGGCCACUCCGCCCAACUUCCCAGAUGCUCUCGCCAUGUUCUCCAAGCUGCGAACCUCCGAAAACCUCCAGAGCAGCAACAGCCCCAUCACCUCCAUGGCCUGUUCCCCCCCGGGCAGUUUCAGCCCCUUCUGGGCCUCUUCACCCCCCAGCCAACAGCCUUCCUGGCUGCCCCCCUCCUCACCCACAGCCCACGGCCUCCAUCACCACCUGCACCACCCGCAGCCCUCCUGGCCCCCUGCACCCCCCCCUGCAGCCCCCCCACAGAAAGCCAUGGCCACAAUGGAUGGCCAAAGAUAAGGGGGGGGGGAGGGGAGGGGGGAGAAACAGGGCCAGGGCGUUUGCAGCAGGGGGGGCUUCCUGAGAAACGCACUGGAAUCAUUUUCUAGGUUUUAUCCUUUGUUGGUUACUUUUUGGGGUGGUGGGAGUGGGGUGGGGAGGUGGG